AUGCAGAGAGAGCGCCGCACCGCAACCUCCGCCUUCAUUUGCAUGACAAAGGCGAUUGCCCAACGAGCCUUGGGAAUUGUUCCCGGCACAGGUCGUUCCUGGGCUCCACAGCCACCCGGCCGACAAAAGCCACAUUGUGAGAUCGGCAGCAGCUGCCAGCACCUGCUGCCUGAGCCCGCCGCCUCUGUCCACAGGCCCCCGGCCACUGUGGGCCUGCUGCCCUUGCUAGAGGGUCAGAGCCCAAGGCCUCACCCAGAGCACGGGAGCGACUCAGCCUUCUCUCUCUUCCUUCUCCGAACUGUGGCUUCCAGCUGCCUCGACAGCAAGAGUUGGCCCUCUGCCCUUGCCAAGCCCCUGGGGCCCCUGUCAUCAGCAGAGGUCACCUUCCUCAUGGGGCGCUGGGCUCCAGGUGAGCAGGACUCCUCGGUCCCCAGAGUACCCCACUGUCCUGGGCUGCCGUUGCUAGGACCAUCUGUCUGUCAACCCCAAGUCCCUGAGUCCUUCAUGGCCCACAGGCUCCUGAUAACCCUCACAGCCCCUGCACAUGCUCCCCUUUCCGGGAACUCCCCCCUGAGCACUGCCUCCCCUGCCGGUGGACCAGGCUGAGAACCACACCUUAGUGCCUCCAACCAGCCAACCCCUGCAGACCUAAACACGACAGUGUGCACGAUAGUGCUGGAGCCACUCUGACUUCAGGGAAAAGCAUUUAACUUCUGAGUGCCUACUAGCUAACCUGCAGGGCAAGCCCACAGAGAUCCAGGCACCCAAACUCCCUGGGGAGCCCUUCACAAGGCCUUGACAAAGAUAGGAAUGGGGGUGGGGCUCAGAUACCUUGCCUGGGGACAGGACGGGCCAGAGAGAAAGAUACUGCUUCUGGGCCGAAGGCUGCCCCUUGAACCCGGAACCGCUUUGCUGGAGGCCAUGGCCUACUUCCCAAAAUCACAGCCUGUCUGCAGAGGCCUGAGGGACCCUCCUUCCCUGGCCUCUCUUCCUGUGAUCUUCUGUUUGGGGGCCCCAUAGUCCAAACCAAGCAGAGGAAGGAACAGGGAGCCCUUGGUACUCUGAGUGGAGCAGACUCAAGGUGUCCAGAGCAGUCUCCAAGUGACAGCUUGAGGCCAGCUGAGGAUGCACCGUGGCGGGGUGACAUGGCCUUGGGACAGUCAGCCCUGUCAGAUGGGGAA